AUGUCAGUAAACAAGCCUGGUCUCAGCACUUACGAAUUCGGCAAGGCUCUGCACGAUGGUACCCCAGCCACUUCUGCAGUUGGCGCUACUGGUGGCGGAAACAUGGCUGGGAACAUGUUCUGUUCCACGACAGACCUCGUCCUUCUCAACAACCAGCUUCUUAAGCAGAAGUUUCAGCCAAACCGGGGCAAAGGCGUCGUUCGGCUCACUUGUCUCCUGUGGUGGUACCCCUCAGAGUGCACAGAGAAGGUCCUCUUCCAUGUCAUCUCCAGUUUGCCUAUUUCUUCCUCAUCGACCUCUACCGGAGUCGCUGCAAUUUUCUUGAAAGCAUUCAGCUUGGCCUCCCUAGAUUUGUUCGAAAUUCUUAGUGUUUGUGUCAUCCUAGUUACUGCCUCCUACUGCGUCAAGAACACUGGAGAGCUGAAAAAGAGAGGAAAGUCGGAGCUUCCAACAGCAAGCCCGGAGAAGCCGACCUCCUUCAGCUCCGAGAUUAAUGCAUUUGCGGACCGUCGCUCGAUUUGCGUGCACCGUCUUGUGACAAACCUGGAAGCCUCAGUUAUUCCUCAGUUCAGUGGGAUGAUGAAGGUAUCAUGGAACAGCCCAACUGCUGUCAUCGAUCAGUUAGCCUACGUCGCCACCAGCAUCGGCCACCUAAUGACUCAUUUCGCCAUCAUCCGGUACACCCUCUUCUCGGUCAGCGCCCAUUAUACACAGAUUUGUAUCAAACUCUGGGACCCAUUUAUCAGUCUGUUUAUGGCUUCUAUCUCUCUUCUUCUCUCUAUCGGUGCAAGGUAGGAAUCACGUUGGGUGCUGAAAAGCUGUUGCUAGGUAACCAAUGUCCGAAGUCAGCUCUUUGGAAACUGCCCCUUUUCGAAACAAAGAUCCCAGCCGCCGCUACGCCGUUUCCCAGGUCUUGGGCAGGAGAGCAUAGGCCACGCCGAGCGGAUCAUAAAGACGGUAAUGCUGACCAUCGGCACAUCGUAAUCGUCGACCCCCUUCGUUGCAGUUACCGAUUCUGCAUCUCAGACCCCCAGAAGAACCGAUACCACGCGGAUCCUUGUGCCGAUAGCGGCUUCCAACAUUAAUCCCUUCGAUGCGCACUGCGCGGUCCGAGGAGCCGUUCAAUAACGCUACCGUACUGGGCUUCAUGAUGGGUCCGGUGGACGCCAAGGCCGCGAUAACAUGUUUCAAGAGCUUCUUCCAACACCUGUCGAACGCGGAUGUCUCGGUGCUACAAAUAUCCCCAACGUGAAGGGUGCAAAAUGCGCGACCAGUCUCUUAUUCUUGACAACUUCCUAGAAGCUGGUAAGGCCAGAAACACCUCCAAAUGCGCAGACCCAUCAGCCUUGCACGCUGGCUCCUCUGUUGCUAGCAGUCUUCAGCGUCAGGCCUUGUCGGCGACGGUCGGCCCCUCGAAGAAGCAGGGAGGCCAAAACUCCCAAAGUCGAAUGUGGAGUAGCUGUUACAGAAGAAGCAUUAGAAACCGAUUAUUUUGACCGACAUGCGGUCACAUCAGCUCCAAUGUGUAUCUGCGCUCAAAAGUGUCAAUUCAUUCGGACAACUCUGUUCAGUUCAAGGGACGUCAAACCAAAUGGCUCGUAAAACAGAUAUAUUAUGGAGAACCAAUCAUUUCGCACGAGUCGGCUACAUUUCUACAAGGUAGACACUUUCGUACAGAAAACUAAAAACGUCGACGGAAUACAUCCAGAAGUGAGGCAUUGAAUAACUAGCACGCGCGAGGCCAGACAUUUUAAACCUCUAAGCCGACAUAUUUUGGAUGGUCGCUAGACGCCCCAGGGCUAAUCUUCAGUUUGCUACCUUUUAAAUUAAUGCACAGGGCCCUUUGCAUAGGGACCAGUUAAUGCUUUAUGAUGGAUCAAGUGGGUUUGAUGCAGACUUGGGCACAUUAUUACGCAAGUGCUGGAAUGGCAAAAACUCUAAAUUUUAUUUACUUUGCCGAAUUUUCAGCGCCUUAUUUAACUUGCUACUCUUCACGCACACUAGGUAACGGCGUGUGUGUAAAGGUUUGUGGGCGAACUUGAACGAAAGGUACUGUGAUUGAUUACGUGAUGACAGUUUCUUAAACUGAGAGAAUAGGCUCCCGCGAAUUUUGCAGAAAGCGCGCACUGAACCGUGUGUUUUUGUAACGUCUCGUAGCACACUCGGUGAGUAUAUGUUCAUUAUAGUGCACUAUAGUCACUGGAUGUCGUCGAACCAUUUCCAUCUCUUGCGACUGCAUUAACUAUAGUCUGCGUCUCUGAAACAGUUAACCUGCGUGCUAUUGUGGUUGUUCGAAAAGCUGUCUUGUGAAUACUCGUCCGGACAUUUCUGUCUAGACAGAAUACCUAUUUAUUCAUCCGUAGCCUUUUCUCCCGAUAUAAGCACACUCCUUAUAUGUGCGCAUUUAUUAGCGAGCUACUGGGUCUAUGACUGAGGAAAAGAUGAUGUGUUCUUACCUGAAGAAGGGGUCCACAACUCGUCCGACGACGGGGAAGAAGAGAGAACGACAGAUCCUGAAAGAACUCGAUAUUUUCACCCAUCUGAAGGCCCAUUUACCACAGUGGUGGCAACGCAAUGACCAGGUCUACUGAAAAUUAACCCCCUGGAUUUAUCUAUCGCAAAAUCUCAAACCGAAUAUUUAAUGGGACGGUGGCAAGAAUAGUUUCGGUACCUGGCCACGUCGUACGCUCUGGUGUCUUAGGCGUCCCGCAUUCUGAGGGAACACGCACGGUACAAGUUUCUGAUACUAUGGCUAGGUGGGGUUCUCAACACAGGUCCACUCGCACAGAAAUUAUUGAAUAAUAAAUGAUUGCCUAAGCAGCCUUCCCAACCUGUCACACCCAAUCGCGAGAAUACUGAGCAGCUGUUCAUAAGUCGUUACCGACCAUAAGAAGCCAAGGUUUUGUGACGGUUUUGGCGAAUCUCACGCAUAGCAUAUUCCUCCCUUUUCACUGAAAAGAACGCGAUUCUCCAUCAUUUGUCGAGGAACUGGCAGCAGCCAAACCCUCCCAUUCACAAAUCUAACAUUCUCCUGUGGAGCUUGAGGUUACAAUUGAUCGACAGACUACAAUGUGCACGCGGACACAAUCCUUCAGCGAAACCAGAGCCUGAAUGGACUAACGUCUCCGAAACCGGACCUAAAUUCGACAUCUGUUGAGUAUGGCCGGCGUAUUCGCCUAGGACCAUUCCAAGCGUCCAAUCAGGGCAUUCGUAUCCAGAGAGAGUGGCUUCUACGCUACGAAAAAUAGGCAGAAUAUCACGAGAACCGGCCGUGAAUAGCACACGACUCUACCUAUUCUGUUUUUGUGCUCGGACGUAAAUUUUUCCCUCCCGCCUUUCUGUAGACAGCCAUUCAGUUCAGGCACUUUUCGAUAGUAACGCACCAGUGUUUCUACGUAACCCAUGUGUUCGACCACAGACACUGUAUUGCACACCAAUAAGGUAAACCAAUUACCUAGACUGAUGAAUGCGGGCGGUUCACAGUUAAAACAUCUCGACUCUAUAUUAUUAAUAGUUCGCUUUCCUUCUGCUGUCACCGAACAUGCUUUUAUCGUGACCCCUCAGCUUAUGUGGCGUAAGCUUCCUGUCUGAUGAAUUAAAGACUCUCCUGACAAUGGUGACGGCCUUCAUGCUGCCUAAUGUCUGUCGAUAAUUCCCUUCAUACAUGAUACAGAUGCCGAUGGGUUUGCCAUCGUGACAUUUCCCACACGCUGAUUGAGGCGGUUGCCGGAGACUAGUUUGAUUCUAUUUGAGUCACAACUAAACUACUAUCCGUAUCGUCGUCAAUUGCUGGUAAUAAUCACGUUCGUCAGCCAGUUCUGUCGUUUUUGCUGUGCACACUCCUUAUAAUUCGUCCUCCGUUGAUUACAGAACAAGAAGAAUGCAGCAGACCGACUUACCUCGGCAAGAGGCGCUCUAGAAGUUUAGAUUUCUUUACAUAUACCCUUCUGUCAAACAUAAUGUCAACACAGGCGCGCUAUCGAGACGUUAUGCGACUUUGAAAGCCGGGCGACGAGCGAUUUUUCCGAUCAAACCAACGCCAUACAACUCGGCAAACUGACGUGGUAUCACUGUACCGUCGCACAAACUACGGAUCCGGACAUUCGUGGUCCAUGCCCAUCUCUUUCCAUAGGCGGCAGCGUCUUAAAGAUUGCGAAUUGCAUGGAUGUCCCGAAGACGCUUACAUUCACUGCAACUGUUGGGCUCACCUACUUGUUGAAAAUGAUAUUAUAUUGCUCAAAACGUCACAAACAGAACUCGGCAUCGUCUCAGGUAGCCUCGCCUCAACAGUACUUUCGCAAUGAACUAUCGAAAAACCUGGAACGGGAGCAAAGGACAAAAUGUUUUCGAUACUAAAUCGCCACCUUGUAAUGUCUGUGUAGCUUGCGUUUCUUUCAAGGCGUGGCAUUAACAGAUGCGUGCACCAUCAGAACCCAUGUGCAGACUUUCUUCCUUUCCAACGACUAGGACUAUAUCAGCAAGUGGUCUGAAGCGGCUCCACUACGGCAGGACGUCGCUUGCGUGACGCCUGCCAUAUUUAGUGGAUGGAUAUAUCGCUUCGAGGUGCGCCUAUUGAUUCAUCUAGAUCGCGGCGAAGAUUUCUGCAACAAACUGGCCCAGGGCGUUUUCAAACUACUCGAAACCCGUAAGAUAUGUACAACUUCGACACGCCCGGAAAGGAACGGGUAGGUCGAGUAAAUCGAUAUUAUACUAUACCGUCUGUCAAAAACUUCAAGGACGACCCCUGUCGUCACGAUUGGGGAAAGCGUUUGCCAUGCGUAUUGAUGGUUUGCUGCACAGCCACACACACUACUGGGUAUGCCCCGUUUCUGAAUGUUAAGCAGACGUACUCGUUAAUUCACAGACUCAUGUUUUCCCCCACGUACGAUAGUUUGGCCGUCGUUACCGAAAAUGUCCACCGUGUGCUCUACAGCAUGGUGAGAACAAUGGUGACGACUUGCACUAAAUUAGUUCAUUGUGAUAGUGGACUUGAGCAGCACCUACCGCUCCCUCUCUCUCUUCCUCCCCCCACCUGGACCCGGUGUCAAGACAGAAUUAUGAAGACCCGGGGCGGGAAAGGACGCAGGUGGCUGGCACGGCGUAAACCCGCACUUAGGCGUACAACCACACACCCUGGUCCACAACGUACACUGACCAGGAUUUUAUACCACAACAACCAGCCCCACCAUCACCACCACCACCACCACCAAAGCUGAUACUGACACCAUCAACUUAUCAUGUCCAUACUAUCCCCGUACAUUGACCUCACGCAUUGGCCUAGUCGGUUACUUGCGAAUUCAUCGCACAGAGACUGGCGAACCAGUGCCCGGAGCACCAACCCACACUAGCCGCAUCCACCUCUACUAUCCACAUCCAUUCGCCGCAUGGCUCUAUUGGGCCACAUGCGCGUCAACAAAAACCUGCGGUAGACAGCCGCCGGUUGCACCACACCAUCACAUCCUCCCUCCCCAGCAUCUCAUCACACGUCAACAUCACCCACCGCAAGCACCAAACUGCCACCUCCCACGCAAGUGAGAAAUCUGCGUUUCGGCUCCUUCUCCAUGUGACUCGACUGCCGCAUGUGUGAUCGGAGUCUAACCCGAAGACGAUGCAUCGAGUGCCGUGGCUCGGAAAGCAGCCGACUGACACCCCAACCAAGUCCACGCAGUCCGCCCAGCUGUGUGUGUUGUGUGGAGUGGCGGACUGGAGGGCCAAGAGCCAGGCUGACACUCGUGCAUGCGAGGUGUGUGUGCUUUAUGGGUAGUGCUUCUCUGUCGAGGACUGUUUGGUUACCCAACCUUAAAGGUUGACGACCCAGGCUAAAUGCAGGGCCACGUGUCGCCCUUCUAUGUCAAAGGUCUGACAGCCUGUGCUAUGCCAGUAUCAACAAACUAUGGCCCUCGCAGCCUGAUAUGCGCUGGCAGUUCCCUGCCGGUGGAUGUGUUUGCGCUCCCGCUAGGCAUAGAGGUGGUGGGCAUGGCUACCCAGUCAUCCUCGUCCUUCUGACCCAUGUUGGUAUGUUGUUGUUGUUGUUGGUCAGGUGUAUCUUGUAGACCAGGCGGUGUGGUGGCACGCCUAGGAGCGGGUCCGGCUGUUCCAGCCGCCUGCGCCUCCCCCCGUCCCGGUCUUCUUGACUCUGUCUUGACACCGGGUCCGGGUGGGGGAGGAGAGAGUGCGGUAGACACUGCGCAAGUCUACUAUCACUAUAGACUAAAUCACGCGCAAGUCGCCGUGCCUGCUGCACCUUGCUGUGUAACAAACGGUGGACAUCAUUGUCAACGACGGUCGAACUGUCGUACGAUAACAAAACGUAAGGGGGUGGGUGGGUGGGAAGGGACACGAAUCCCAACUGGCAAGGCGUGUACCUGCACACUGGUUUGUCAUUACAUCUCCAAUGUUGGCAUUUGUUAUGGGUGCGCAUUCCCGAUAACUCAUGCCGAAUUCCGAUCUAGCCCCGGUGUUGGUCCAGCGCAUCUACCGCGUCGCUCAUUUUAGGGGCAAUUUCCCACAUAGCAUGCAGAAAAUAGGUGUGUUUCAAAGGAAUCCUGACAAAACCGCUUCCUGUCUUAGUUCUUUAAUGCAGAAUUUGGUUUAACCGUACGAUAUACUUGUUUCCAAAGAAUGGUGCCGAUACAAUGGAGUUCUAUAUGUUGGCCCUGAGCAUUACGUAGUGUUUUGUUAACACGAAAACCGAAGCAGCCAUGAACCACAGUGGACUUUACAGUGGUAGGAUAAAAUGCUGGCUGCGCGCCAUGCAUCGAUCAAUAGAUCGAAAAUGGGAGCAAAUGGACGAGACCCAGCAUCGGUUAAAGUUUUACCUUUUCAGAAAACAACCUCUCCUGGAAAUGGUCUCUUGCCCUUAACUCAUUUUGCUGGUAUCUGCGAAUUUUACGACAUUACUUUUCAUUUGUAUGGUACCUGUUUUAGCCUUUGUGGGGACUUCAUUUCUAUCUUUCUACUAAACGAAUAUAUUUUUCACAGUCCUCUUUCACCAAGAAACACUGCGGUUAUACUGUGACUACUGCCCCCCCUCCCGGGUGAAGUUUUACUUUAGGUGCACUUUGUAGUACCCGUUCUUCCGAUUUUUACAUCAGUCAUAGCCAGCAACCUUCUGUUGGAUGCAAGAGAUUCAAGCUAGUUGCCUGACCAAGACCACGGAACUACACGGUUUCUUGGCCAGUACUGUUCCUCGCAGUCGCAUGCAUGCCUCAUCUCCCAACCUAUGUGCUAAUUACCCCUUCUCUUUUAUAAUCGGUCAGUUAUUACGUGCACUCGUCUAUUCUACCUUAGAAAUAUUGCAACUCUCAUGAUCAUCACCUUAUUUUGUGCGUGUAUGCGACGCUUGCGCCUUCUUUUCAGAUUCGACACAACCCUUCCAUUGUAGGUCUGAACGACUCUUAAUUUAUCCUCACUCCUCGACCGGUUCUCCCAAUUUGUCUGCAUCAGUCGGAAGGCUCUGUCCGACACAUAUGAGGAACCAAAGGACAAAGAAGAGGUUUAGUUUGAACUUACUUACCUUCAAAUUCCAGACUGACCUAUACUGAUAGACGAAAACAGCAGUUGCUGGCGGAUAAUGAGAAGGAAAAGGCUGUUAUAAAAAAAUUGUCGAAGAAGCUAGGACUUAAUCGCCGUAAGAAAAAGGAUGGUACUUCGAAGCAGCCGGCAUGGAUGCGUGACAGUGGACUGGAGUGUACGUUCUGAUCAUUCUGUGUAUUAUAGUGUUUUAGAUUUGCUGGGGUUCAAUAAAUAUGCCUCCGAUCAUGAGGAACAGUCGGUUGAGGGAAAUUCAUUGGGUGUCCGGAAGUCUACUAAACGUAUGCGUAUGUUGCACUCUUACUUUCGCUUUAGAGUCUCAACACAAUAUAUAUGGCCAAGACUCCGAAGUCGAUGAUGUGGACGCGGAGGAAUCCAUGGGUAUGUUGGAGGGAUUUUGAUUCAUAUUGUAAUGGUAAAAUGCUCAGGAUGACUUCGUUUUGAAUAGGCAGUAGUAUAUUGACUGUUUAUAACCUUUUCUCCGUUGCCUCGUAAGGGAGAGGCAUCGUUCUGCAGGCGCAAAAGAGCGUAAGUACGCCGUAUCGGCAAAUGCGUGUUUUGGCCCCGUUUAUAAAAUGCGCACUUAGAGUGCGCGUUGGCCCUGACUGUUUACGGCCAAGCGAAAUAAGGCAUCUAACUUUAUCUUUCACUGCUGUUGCUCAGUGUUCUCCGGCCGAGGGCUCGCAUCUUGACAGUAUCAAUGACCUAUUCCUUCAGCCCGUAGCCCGGGACUGGCCGGUACCCCCGUUUGAAAACUGGGUUUGUCAACUCGGAGCACCAGGCGUGCGUUCUGAUGUCUCAUCUCAGUUUCAGGUGGUAGGCGACGAGAUUGGAACUUCAUUUACUGGAUCGAAAUUUGUCGGGCUGCCCUCACUCUAGUAUGAGGUCGCGAGUUUUUUUUAGCGCGCGUGGGUUCUGUAUUUACAUGCUCGAUCUUUUUCGUUGCCUGAUAAUUUCACGCAUGGAUAUCGUUUGUUUGACUUAUGGCCUAACACACGACUCCUGCAACUUUAAGGAUGCAUGCGAAAUUCGCGUUUGUGAUGCCGUCCAAAAGGGGAGUCCAUAUCCUGGUCGCUUAUCCUGUUUACAAUCCUGUGUACCUUGUUAUGACCUGCGCUUUGUCGCCUCUGUUCCUCUGUCGGCAGAUGGAGCCUCUUUAGACAUUUUGUGGGUGUAAGGUUUGGAAGUGGACGAAUGAGUUUUGUGGUAUAACAGAAGUGGCCAUUCCGUUGUCCGUUCCAUUUGUUGGGAAUCUCUUAAUUAUUGGUUGAUGCAGAAACUGUGUGGGCCUUCAAUCAUGAACUCCAAAGUAAAGCCGAAAUGCCCAUUUCCGCCCUUCAAUCAGGAUAGGUCGGUGAACACCAGUCUCAUCUAGUACUUACAGAGAAAUUGUGCUGAGAACGCGAAGUUUGGCUAGGUAAGCUUGUGGAAGGGUCCUCAAACGUGAAGAGGUUUUGAAAGUAUGUCAAAUGUUCCUUAGACGGUACUGUAUUGGCGCCGGUAAGGACGCCCAAAUAUGUGGCAGAGGCAGUGGACAGAGCGGGUGGUCUUCUGAAUCCUUGCGUGACGGCCUUAAGAAGUUGUCCUGCUUCGCCGUCGGACUUCAUAGUCACGGACACACUCCAUAUGCUGCCAUUUAAACUAUGCCGUAUCAAUACUGCUAGGAACUCUUGUGAUCAAACAAUCUACUGUGUACUGAUUCAAAAGAACAACGAAUAAUAAUUGAAAAACGCGUAUAACCGCCUAUCGAGUGCCGAGGUAACUGUCGAAUCAGUCAGUAAGUUAUCGGUAACAGAUUGGCUUGCGAUGUAUCUUUUCUAAGGAGCGACGAAUUAUGCAUAGAAACAACGCAACACAGCCUUACGCGUACUCGUUGCCCACGAGCUCAACAUGUUGGUGGGAUUCCGCGAGAUCGGAGUGGGCACCACAGCUGCAGAACUGUCCCAAGGAGUGAAUAGGUUGAAACAGCCCCUCAAUGUUACUCUGAACCUCCAUUGUCUGGGCAUCAACGCCGAUUUCCAGCAAGUUACUGUCUCGAUGGUAUGGAACGUCUUUACCGCCUAGCUCACAAAAAGCCGAAAAAUUGGUUUUCUUAUCCGCUGACCACUUUGUGCAACUUCUGGUGGUUGUAUCUCACGUUUAUUCCACCUUGCCCGUGCUUGCCCCAAAUACAGGCCUAUCACUUGUGUUCUUUUGGUGAUAUAGAUACUGGAACCACCGCUACCCAGAUUGUGAUGCAAACGGCGGCUGGUAUAUCGUGGAGGGUUUCCCCGCCUCUCACGUAUAGGUUCGCCUGCUGAACUCCGUGCCUUACUUGUCUCCGUGACCUGCACGUUUAAUCUCCAAACCAGUAGCUCUUUUGUGCCAUGUAGCAUCUUGAAAAUAUGACAAACUAGAGCUUGGGCUGUAAGGGCACUUAAUCCAUCUUUUUUUUCUAAUGCUGGUCAGUUGAUUGUCUGAAGAAUUUGCGAAUAACGUGGUGAUCCUUAUAAAGUGACUUUGUCUAUCUGUCGUGUUGAUGAUUUUUGACCACCCUUUUAUGACAUCUUGGGUCUCCUGUUUGCGUUUUACCCCGUCUUAAUUGCUUCAGUGUAUCUUAACUACCCUACCUGCCUACAUCCUUAUAAUUAAGAGAGCGUAAUCAUAGCCACCAUAGCUCAUGCUUAUGUCGACGUACUCGUUUACGCCCUCAUCCGCGAUCCUCAAGUCAUACCGCAACUUGCAUUCGGCGUUUUCUGAUGAGUCUUUGUCACUUUUUGGAUCUCUUUCAGAUACGUCCGACGAGGAUUCGUUUGCAGAAGACUUAGCUGCACCUAAUCCUCCAAGCACGAAUCUUCGUAAUGGCGAAGAAGCAAAAGAAAGCUCUUUGAGUCUUGAAACAAGUAAAGCGCACAGCGCCGAAGAGGAUUCUCCGAGCAACUGGACCGCUCUUCGCAAAAACAUCCGCCGGCUUUUGAACUGCGUUUCAGAGGCCCAGAUGUCCCGCGCAAUUUCUGACAUUACGUCUGUAUUUGCCGACAACCCGCGUGGCAUUGUUCGUAGCAUCUUAAUAGAAGAAGUAGAUGUUCUACUAAAGGUAGAAAUUUAUUCGUCUCCCUCACUUUUUGCCACCCUUUAUAUUUGUAUUCUCUACUCAGUCUCUAAUUGUUAUCUGCCACACUUGUACUCUUCUUGUUGAUUAGUCUUCGCAACAUCUACAAAAACUAACUGAAUGUGCCGGCUAAUAAUUUUUCUUAUUGCGUGUUGCUCACAGUCCAACCUUAUUUUUUGAUUCGCGGAUAAAACACCUUCCUUUCUACUUACAUGCAGUCCUUCCCAUUCAGUCGGUCCCAGAGCGUCGGCUGGCUCCAGCAGGAGUUGGCCGCCUGCUUCUUAAGCAUCCAGGCCCGACUGGACCAGGCUGGUCAGGGUGCCCACCUGGUUGCGCAUAUAGCCGAAUACAUCGUUGGGAACAUUCCUCAGCUACAACCCUCCGCACCAAUCCCGGAUGGCCUUGACGGGGGCCUGCUGGCUUCUCGUGCCGUCUUUCUCUCAUACCUCUACCGGUUCGGGGUAAUUAUCAUCUAAAACUGCACACACAUUUUUGUUACCGCUAAGUAUAUUUUUGAAUGUUUCCUAAUGCUGCCCGACAGACUGUUUUUCAUAUUCUAGCUGGGUAUUCUUUUUUUCUCCUACAGGGUAUAACCGGCGACCUUAUUUUUGAUCUCGUUGACGAGUUUGUUAAUUCCGGACAGCUUAUGGCGAUGCAAGCAGCUCAUCAAAUGUUAAAACGUGAGAUGUCUUGGUCUUCUCUUAUCUUAUGGGUUUCUCUUAUCGUAUCUCUCUUGCCUCCUCACGAUGACUUUUACAUCUUUCCCGAAAGCAAUCAGUUCAGUCAUACGAAAGGAACUGGUUCAGCGGUGCCAAGAGAUUCACGCAAAAGUGAAGGGGCUUCUGUCGCAACCAGAUCAGCAAGAGUUUGACAAAGUGUAAGUAGUGUUUAAAGUUAGGCCCUGCUCGGUUCUCUGCCUUUAAUACCUCCGGCCUGCCAACCUUAUUCUUGGGAGGAGUAUGUAGUGCCACUUACUACGCCGUUUCAACAUCCUUUCAUAAUGUUACUCCCGUUUGUUAGCACGUUGGCCCACAUUUCUGCCUUCCCAAUCUUAGCUGUCAUGCCAAUUCUUUCUUCUACUCCUUAUUUUACCUCCAUUCCAGUUCGGAAUUGGAAAGUAUCCUGACAUGUCUAUCAGAAAAACGCUCCCAGGAACCAGCUUUAUCCAGCGCAGAUCACUUCGUAAAGAUGAUGCGCACAUGGAACAAGGGUAAGGAACUGACAUCUGUCCGAACCUACCUUUCACAAUUUUUGAUUUGCUGGUCUUGCAAACCACCUGCGAUGAUUGUUUGGAGCGUGCCUUCAAUGUUUUUUUACCUGGGGAGGGAGAGAGCAUCUCUCGGUUUUUUAAAACUUCAAUCGCCGAGCACUUUUUAGUCCCACCUGCCGUUACACUUUCAACCAGGGUUUCCAAACUAAAUGCUGUAUACACUUCGCCAAACUAAUGUCAUACAUUUCUCUACUUUGUUAGGGAGGCGUCAUCAAGCACUCAUGAAAUUUUACAAUGGAUGUGGACCAGGUUGCAUACUGUAUAUGUAGCAUUACUAAAGGUGCUGGUGCGAUAUUGUGUGAUUGAGCAUUUCACGGUUUUAAAAAUCUCAUAAUUAGAAACAUUAAAACCGAAAGAUACCCAUCAAGGAUAAAAUUUCAAGGAAACAUAAUUCGCCACCAAAUAAGUGGGUGGAGGAACCGGCAUCCUGAUGCGACUGAAAUGUUGUUGGAUAAUGCUGGACAAUCACUUAUAUUACAACCCUACUUAAGUAGUCAUUUCGAGUCGAAAAUAUAAUUCAGAAUUUCGGUGGAUAUUUCAUGAGAUAGCGCAUCUAUUGUAUGUGGAUAUCGCCCUCUUGAUAGAAAGGUCACGUUUUUACCUGAUUCUCUGCCUAUCUACCUGAGCUUCCACCUACGAAAUUUAGUCCGGAAAUUGAGCACGCUGUCGUUGAACGCACCGACUAAGUAAUUUGAGUGAAUUCAAGCACUCCUUUCCUCUAUCUUUUUGCCGAUUUUCUCUGCAUGUAGGCAUAUCAUUUCCCAAGGAGGCCCGCCUCCCCCUGCAUCUUGUGGAACUGCGAAAUCCCAGUGAAAAAGGCCGUUGGUGGCUUGUCGGUUCAGCCUUCCAUGGAGAAGCACUGAAAGGCCAGAGCAACAACGAGGGCGUAUCAUCGCGAGUACCCGAUGCGUCCGUUCUAACAAAGGAGGUAACGGGCAAGUCUUGUUUUCUUAACGUACCAAGUGGUGUCAUUAAACUUUCCAAAAUAUCUAACGCUACCAAUCAGACACGAGUUUCCAGAAGACUCGAAGAACUAAGCAAGUCCGAGAAGAGGAAUGCUAGUACCGUGGACCUUUAUUUCUCGUUUGCUUGCCUUUUCUCCGGAAUCCUGUGCCUAGUUCAAAGGUAUAACACUUGAACUCGAAGAAGAAGAAGAAGACGGUCAUGUCCAUAGCUUCCUAUUGCUAAGACCCAGUGUGUGUUUUUAUCUCUAGCCUUUGUAAUUUCACUACCUUAUGCUACUUUAUUCCAAUAUUGUCCUAACCGUUAUGCUGACAUCUUGUUAAUGUACGGAUCAUAUCAUGUUCCUUAUAUCAGGUGUUGGGAGGUACAUUGUUUAAGGGGUGAUUGAAAAAACAUAUUUUGCGUAUUUGACUAAAAAAGCGCUAGGUCGGCCGACGAACCUCUGUCCGCGUUCGAGUUGCCCCGUUACUCUAUCAGUAUUGGUUAUUGCCACAUAACACUCCGUCCAAGAAUAUUUCUUCAGAUGAAAAUCACUGGGAGCUCAACUGCACGAAGCCCACUAUCCCGGACGAGGCGGACUCUAGGUCGCCGACUAUCCUGGCGUCGUUCGCCGUAACUUUCUGUGAUCACGUCUCAGAUCAGAGAGGAAAGCCCUAUUCAUAGUGAGUAAAGUUAAGCUAUGCUAGCGUUUGGUCACCAUCAUGAGACGACCAUCCACACUUCCCAUCCUUUUAUUAAAUUUAUUUCCCGUGCACAUUGUUGGCGACCUACAUAGCUGCCAAGCCGUCUACACCUUUUAAAAAAUGCUGUUUCAGGACCGUUUUGGUACUGUGCAACUGCCAACGUUUAGAGCAUUAGGGGCGAAGAAGGCCUGUUUUCAGUCCUCCGAUUCAAUUUGGUUUAAGAGAGUCCUUAGCAGUCGCCGUUUUAGCGUAUUUUUGUUCUCCGAUGCCGAUGAAUAGACUUGUGUGACCCAGUGCUAGUGGUGUCUAGGUACUAACGGUUAACGUUCCGUAGUAAACCAUGAACUGUUUUCAUUUAAUGGCCCAGUUUGAUGCGAUUGGUGUCGCAACCGUCUUUUCAAUGCCUGAUGAAUAACCAUUUUAGCCCAACUAUCCCAGCACUGCUCUGGUUGAGUACCAUGAAUUUCCUCACUUUCUUUAGUUGGCUGAUGCUGCUGAUCGACUGGGUCUCAUAACCCCGCUCCGACGCCAACUUUUCGCCCUCCUCAUGUCGACCCCCGGUGGUCCAGACAGCACCGCAGCCGCACUUUUACGAGCUUCUGGCGGCGACAAAAAAUCCUCUGCCGAACAUCGUGAACGUGAGGUUGUGCAUGUUGUACUACAUUGUCUCAUCUCCGAACAGCCCUUCAACCGCUUUUAUCCUCGCGUCCUAGGUGGUCUCCUCAACCAUCAGCGACAGUUUGGCGUAAGUUUUUUUUCCUCUUCGCACCAUUGUCACUAUGAGGAGCUGCGAGCGUUAAUGUCGGGUUGUUCUUCGAAAAUACCAAGACUUGUUGGUUCGGGGCAGGCCAUUGCAAAUGUUACAAUUCCCAAGACGCGUUAAUUGGCCUAUGGGUGCUACUUAGUCAGGGGCCUGUUUUAGGGACUCAGUAGCGUACAAUGCAUCUGUAUUUUUAUUGGAGGACAGCUUUGGCUUGCAACCUUCCGGUCGAGUGUGUGCGAGUUCACAGAACACCGAACUUUGUCUGAACAAUAUUUUACUGGCACUCUGAACUAAUCUAAGGCAACGCUUUAAAAAACUUUAGGCAAUAUGUAUCGCCAACAGAAACAAAGGAGACUGGAAUGGCCAUUUCUAGCUUAUUCUGUCAGGCCAGCAAGGCCUGAGAUCUGGACACAAGUUAGUUGGAAAAAGGCCGCCAUGCAGUCAGACUAGGUGGGUGAAUGUCAUGCCCCUGUGACUUUCGAAGACAGCGGGCUCAAAAUUCGAGCGCUAGGGAACCCGAUUAAUUCGCCAUGCAUGGGAAUCCUAGUAAAUGGCAAUUGGCGUUCUGAUGGCGCUUGGUGAGUGUUCCAUUUUUCUAUUAAAGGUGCAUUUACUUUUAGCUGCUGAUACGAUGUGCAUUUUGGGACGUGAUGUCCAAAGAAAACCUUACCCGAGAGGCGAAGUCUAACAUUGGCAAGGCUAUUGGCAUGCUCGCAGUUGUCUACGAUUUCUCCUUGGUUGUACUUAAGGUGGGUGUUGAUUUUACGUUUCAGUAUGUUUAUCAAUUCCACUCUCCACUUUUGUUGGUUUAUUUUACAUACGGGAGUGUGCAUGCCUUUAGUUAUGAGCCAUGGGUUUAUUAAUAUCUCUUCAGCGCCUAAGACCUUUGUCCUUACGGCGGCCGCCUGACUGCUAAAUUCUGCUGAGCGGCCAGAUUGAGCUCCUUGAUCGUUUAGCAAUCUUGCUUUAUCCACGCGACUUCUUAGUCGAUCCUUCAAAUGCCGCCUAUGUUGUACCAUACACUGGGUCAAAGGACGCUGUAACGGUAGGCGAGCCCAAGUGGCCUGCUUGUUGUUGGGUAAAGUUCUGCUUUAGAUAACUGGCCGUAUUCCUUGUGGCCAUAACAGAGUUGGAGUUAAGCCCUGCCUGCUGGUGAUUGUUCCGAACCCCCCCUGCUCGCUCCUCUGUUUUCGAGGGAUGCAUCGCCCAUGUCACAGGCUGUGGAGCUUUAGGCAGCUAACGAAUAUUGCCGAGACUCUGCCUCCUUUCCCACAUCAUAAGCCUAUUUGGGGAGUUGGCAGUCGCCUGUAGUACAUUUCAGUUCUCGCCCAAUAUUCAAUGGAAGUCGAGGCCUUGCACCGACACAUGCUCAACCGUCUGCAAUAAUUCCGCAUUUGCUCCAACUGUCGUUGUCAACGCGGCUUGUAUCUUGCCACCAGUCCCAGCGAUCCGGGCAGUGGCUCACUCUGUUUACUUCUCGCAGACGCUCUUGCAAUAUUAUAGUGCUUGGGGGUGGGGGGGGGGGGGAGCUCUUCCCAACAGGCAUUGCGGCAGCAUCACACCGCUAGCCUGUCUUGUGAUUGGUAGCGUGUCACCGUGGGCAAUAGGCCAGCAUCAUUGUUACCUUUCACCUCGCAGUGAUUUUGGCAUCAGAUGAUUGCGAGGGCGCAUUCUUGUCCUUUGGGGGAUUACUACUAGACCUAGGUGAAGUUUUCUCAGCGAUUGUCGGAUUAAUUUACUGUCCAUAACAACGCGUGCCGUUAUGUUCUACAACCUUUUCUACGACCGCAAUGGGUUCGGUCCAGUCAGAUGAGGACCAGUAACCAGCGAACUGGGAAUUUUAAAUCCGCUUGGUUUUCUAAGGUGCCCUUUGAUUAUUGAAGACCCAACUUCUGAAUUUUAGUGUCUUCUCUUGGACAAAUUUCUCGUAAAGAUCGCCAGAGCAUAUCACUAUACCACUCCCUUUCUACAAUAGAAUAGACCGACUGUACAACCAUCAUAUUGCGCAGUGGACUGAUCUAUACACGCUUACUAGGCAAUGUGUCUAUAAGUUUACACUUAGGAGAAACUUGGGGAAACAUUUCGAAGCAAGGUAACCGAAAGUGCCUACAUCUAAUGGUUCCCUCGCUGGUCCAUUUUCAUCAUAGCAAAGGGAUUUGUAGGGCGUUUAAUUCGACCUUACAAGCUUAAACCGCGUUAUUUAACGAGGUGGGCUUUGUGGAAUAUGACGUCUUAUUGAACUGUCUUAGCCAGCCGGAUAUUGCCACGACUAAUACAUUGCUAACAGGCUACACGUUUACUCAUUAGUUUCUUAAAGGCGUAGGCUACGGUAGCUUACUUUACGGUGGACCUCGUUACAAAAUAGUUAAAAAACUGCACAAUCUAACCUCAGUUUCGUCGUUGCCAUUCAACGGACGUUUGGUGCUCCUUCCGCAAGCUCUGCAUGUAUGCCGGCCCUCAGCUGGGGUCGUGAGGACUUCCUGCAAUUUCUGUUCCAAGUUGAAGGCCAACGCACGGCUUUAACUCGGUAUAAUCAAUGGCUAUUUGAACUCGUGAAGGUUUUGGGAGGAAAAGGGGUCUCACACUUUGGUUGGGGCAGACCUUGUUUUUAUUCUUUGGGUCACGUUCCAACUAGUUACUGCCUGCUACUCUUUCCUUUGGACCUCGCUCCAUCGAAGCUACCUCUCACCCUGCAUUAUCUUAAUUUUUGGUGUAGUUAAGGUAUAACAGUGGUUGGAGCAUCGGACCCGACGGGACACCUUCCCUUAGGUACAAUGGAAGUUGACAUGCAAAGAAUUUUUUGGCUGCAUGAUGCUCCAGGUUAUGCAAUGUGUCCUGAGGGGCAUCAAAUGAUAGCAAAACGGCUCUACGUCUCCCGUAUGAACGAUUACAUGGGAUUCUUCAAAGUGCCUUUGUGUCGUUGACGGUGGCGUUUUUAUUUCGGCUUCGAUGACAGAACGUUUUGAAUAGACCAGGUGCACUGGUCCAGCUCUCACCGAUUUAUAACUCACCUCGUACACCCUUGUUCCCGUUACUCUCCCCUCGUGGGCGGGCCGUCCUCGAGGAAGACCUUCGCAUCUACAUCCACCUUGCUGAGGUUCAGACCGUACUCAUUCUGGUGAACCCCCCCCCCUCCACUCUUGGACAAAAACAGCUAGACUGGGAGUUUCGCUCUUGUCGACCGUUAACGAUGGUCUUUUGGGUGUUUAGAGAGUUUGCCGACGGGAGGUACAUGUUUGUAUCAUUGCUAAUUGUCCACUCGGGAGACGUUGGAUUACUUAGCAGGAUCGCCAACCUCGGGCAGUUCGUGAGGUUCCCCUGAGGUGCCGUUGAGCGGUGAGUAAGAUUCUUGUAUGUGGAUAUCAAAGGACCUUUACCUGAAGAUUUAGCCUGCUGUAAGCUAUCCUGUUGGUUUGUUUCACAUUUUGAGUCAGGCACGGUGCUGACUGAUGUGAGUUUUAGUUCUCCAGUAUGGAUCGCAGCUACAUUUUGUAAGUGCAUUACGCCCUACUGGCGACCCAUCUAGCAGACUCCCCAGCUAACUAACGGUACUUCUUACAUCUUCGUGCACUUCCAUUACCUUGUCGUAUGGAGUCUAUGGGAGGCUGAUCAGGGUGAAUACUCCAUACUGUUGAAUCUGAUGCUUCACAAUAACCGUCAGCGCGACCAUUAGGCAAAGGCCAUUGGAUUUUAGCUCAUACUAACUUUCGGACCGAGCCUGAAAGGGUUUGUCUCGAAGUAUUUAAUCCAAGUCCACGCAUUAGGUUCUGAGGAAAUUAGAAAGCUUAGAUUGGAUGUCUUCGUUACAAAGUUUCUUCUUCAAAUACCAAUCAAAUGGUAGUCCAGUCCUUGGUUGAAAAUAUUACUUAGGGGGUUUGUUACUUGCAUUUUGAUAUGCUACUUUUCCCAUUUAGAAAUUUAAUUUCGGUGAUGCAUCAGUGGCCAACACCUCACUUUUGUCUGCGGUCCUACGGGAAUUUACCGGCUCCUCCUUUGGUAAAACUCUCCAGAAGUUCGCUCACUUUGCCAAUGCCUACCCGAAGGUGGGCCGGAACCUGAGAAUUUUCAUGCGGAAACUAAGCAGCACGUGCGAUGACGAGGCCUUCCGUGCCUUUUUGUCGAAACUUGCCUCCGAGUUGCGCGACUUGGUACCUUGA